AGGGGCCCCGCGUGACGUCACUAGAGUGGCAGCGCAGUUGGCGGCAGCGAGCAGAUCCAGCGGACCGUCGGCCGCCCGCAGACGCGUGAAGGACCCGAGCAAAGCGCCGAAGCCGCCCGUCGGCUCGAGUUGCCCGCGCCCCGCUCUCCGCCGCCCGGCUCCUUGGCUCCCGUGGCCCCGCAGGAUGUCGUACAGGAAGGAGCUGGAGAAAUACCGAGACCUGGACGAGGAUGAGAUCCUCAACAAGCUGUCUGUGGAGGAGCUGCAGCGGCUGGAGGACGAGCUGGAGGAGCUGGACCCCGACAAUGCCCUCCUGCCAGCUGGAAUGAGACAGAAAGACCAGACCAAGAAGGCACCCACGGGCACCUUCAAGCGGGACGACCUGCUGGCCCACCUCGAGAAGCAAGCAAAUGAGCUGCCCGAUAAGGAGGAGCUCGUCCCGUACACCGGCGAGAAGAGAGGUAAGGUGUGGAUACCCAAGAAGAUGCCAGUCGACCCCAUAUUGGAGAACGUGACGCUGGAACCCGAACUGGAGGAGGCCCUGGCAAAUGCGUCCGACGCAGAGCUGUGUGACAUCGCAGCCAUCCUUGGCAUGCACACGCUGAUGAGCAACCAGCAGUACUACGAGGCCCUGGCGAGCAGCACCAUCGUCAACAAGGAAGGCCUGAACAGCGUCAUCCAGUCCACGCAGUAUAAACCCGUGCCAGACGAGGAGCCCAACUCAACGGACAUCGAGGAGACGCUGGAGAGGGUGAGGAGUAACGACACGGAGCUGCUGGAGGUCAACCUGAACAACAUCAAGAACAUUCCGGUGCCGACGCUAAAGGCGUAUGCCGAGGCCCUGAAGAGCAACAGCCACGUACAGAAGUUCAGCAUCGUGGGGACGAGGAGCAAUGACCCGGUGGCAUUUGCUCUCGCCGACAUGCUGAAGGUGAACAAGACCCUCAAGAGUCUCAACGUGGAGUCCAACUUCAUUACGGGGGCUGGCAUCCUGGCGAUAGUGGAGGCGCUGCAGUUCAACAUGUCGCUGCUGGAGCUGAAAAUCGACAAUCAGAGCCAGCAGCUCGGUAAUAAAGUCGAAAUGGAGAUUGCAAGCAUGCUGGAGAAGAACAGCACCCUGCUCAAGUUUGGGUACCACUUCACACAGCAGGGUCCCAGGCUGCGAAGCGCCAACGCCAUGAUGAACAACAAUGACCUGGCUCGUAUGACCCGCUCCGAUGGCCCCUGGUCUAGUUUGUCCGCUCUGGACCUGGAACAUGUACUUGCGAAAGCGGCGGCUCGCAGCACUGAACGGGCCCAUCAUCCCCAAGUCCCGGACGACGGUGUGAGCCCCAGAUGCCAACGCCACCUGCUCAGCUGGGGACAUCUGAAUGGAUCUGCCUGGCGGGGGGAGUGCCCCGCGUGCUGCACAGCUCUGCACCGAUGGGCGCACUUUUGGAUUUUAGUGCCAAUUUGGACCACAUGGUGCCCUUGCUACUUACGCGACUAUUAACACGUAGAAGAUGUGCUAGGCAUGGGCGAGCCAUGGACUCCUUUAGCCAAUUCCAGUAGGCCACAAGUGUGUGGCGUAGAUGGCACUCGUGUGUGAAUCGCUGUGCACUGCAGCCCACGUGGCGACUCGUUGUGUGUGUGACGUGCUGUUCAAAUAAAGAAGGAAAACCACGGG